AUGACUAAACAAGAACUUCAAAAAGAAUUAAAAGAAAAAGUCAAAGAGGGAGUUAAACCCAGUGACAUUAAGAAACUUAAACGCUCUAAAUCCACGGGAGAUAUCCCUAAUGCUAUUCCCAUAGCCCCUCCCCCUCCUAAUCUCUUACAAGACCAACUAACCCAAAAGCAAACCGAGCUAGAAAGUUUAAGGGCCGAAUUAGAAAAAGUUAAUCAAGGGUUAAAAGAAACUAAGCAACAAUUAGAUGACUCUUUAACAGCUCGUAUUGCCGGAGUAAAAGUCUUCGGUCAAGAACAUUCCCAAAGAAUUAAGUCUGAACAAGAAUUAACUGAAACCAUUGACCAAGCCAGUUCAGAAUUAAAUCAAGGUGAUAAUCAAAUCACUAAAUUAAAAACUCAACUUUACCAAGCCCAACAGCAAGUCAGUAAUUUACAACACCAAUUAAAUUUAGCCCGUCUUAACAAAAACAGUCCCUUACUUACUCCCACUAAUUUAGAAACUAAUCUUGACUACCUUCCACUAACUCUCUAUGCUCUGUUAGCACAAAGACAAAAUACUCUGGCUACUUUUACUGGCUCUGCUUCUCCGCAAGAACUCCAAGAAGUCAAAAAAGUCAAUAAAAUCUUUGCUGACUUCUGCCGUAAUGAUAUCGGAGGUCAAGACAUCAAUGAAAUCCGCACUAAACUAAAUGGUCGCACUCUUUCAGAAAUCUUGGAAGAGAAUGAUGAUUAUGAAACCAAAACCGAUGAACUAACUCGUAAAAAAGGAGAGUUAGAAGCCGAAGUAAUUAUGCUGACUAAUUCUCGUAAAAAUCAAGUCUCAGAAAAAGAAAGAAUUAUUACUCGCUUAGAGCAAGAGAAAAAAGAUUUAACCAAUAAAGUAAGCAAAAAAGCUAAACAGUUAGAUGAAGAACAAUUAGAACAUAAAAAGACUUUAACCCAACUAGAAACCCUCACCCAAGACUUAACUAAUACUCGUCAAGCUAACCAAAAACUAUUAGAGGAAAUCAAACCUCUCGAUGACUUAACUCAGCAACACCAAACUCAAUUACGCCAAAUUAAUGCUCUCUUUGACCCCCAGGCUAAGGAUUAUCCCACCAUUGACUUUAAUGGCUUAUAUAAGCAAACACCGAAAGCAGAAGAAAUAAAAGCUAUGGAACAAGAUUUAAAAACUCUGACUUUGGAAAAAUUAAACUUUUUGCAAGCCCGAGAACAAAUGGAUGAAAGCAUUGGCAAAGCCCGCUCUCUAUUCUGA